AUGUCUACGUUUGAGCUUGGGGACAAGGUGCUUGUGUAUCAAGGAGAACUGUUGUAUGAAGCCAAGAUUCUGAAAAUCUUCUAUCCUUUGUCCAAGAUCAUAAAAUCAAAUGAUGAAAAAUCCAAGGAAGUGAUAGAGACCGAGCCCGAUGCGAAGUUCCUGGACAAGUUUCGAGCUGCAAAAGCAUAUUUUGUUCAUUAUAAGGGAUGGAAACCAAAAUGGGAUGAGUGGGUGUUGUCUGACCGCAUGUUGGUGUACAAUAACGAGAAUUUGAUCAAACAGAAGGAGUUGGUGCAAAGCCAGAAAACAGCUGGAACUACAGUCCAGGAAACUCGACCCAAAGUCAAGCUGACAAUCAAAAGCACGCAGAAACAGUCAAGGAAUGGGUCAGCCGCUGUCUCUGACUCUUCAAAGAAGACAGAGCUCAAAAUACAAAUUCCUGGCACCAUCAAGUACGUUUUGGUGGACGAUUGGGAAAAUGUCACCAAAAAACGGCAGCUGGUCAAACUGCCGUCCAAAAACAAUGUAUCUAAGAUUCUCACUGCGUACCUGACGCAGCUGCAGCUGAAUGUGACCAAUGGAGACGAUCCGGAAUUGGACAACAAGCUGGAAACCGUGCGAAGUCUGCCGAUCUUCUUCAACAACGCUUUGGGCUCGCUCCUUCUUUAUCGCCACGAAAGAACGCAAUACAAAUCAAUACUCGACAGAUUUCCAGACGCAGAGAUGUGCCAAGUGUAUGGGCUGAACCAUCUGCUACGCUUGUGCUCCAUUUUGCCCAAUCUUGUUAUCCAAGCAAACAUGGACUCACAAAGCAUUUUGCUGAUACGAUCAUUCUUGGAAGACUUUUACCAGUUCUUAAGCGAUAACUUGAAAGAGCUUACUGAAGAGUACGAAAACGACUUACCAACCUAUUAA